CACAAACCAAAACAGUGCAGAAAGUUGCUAGAGGUGUUGUUAUUUAAAGAUUUCCAAAAUAAAAUCCAAAUCAAGUGCUUAAAAUGUCUGAUGGAGAUGCUGAUGUUGCGCCAAAGCGCAUUUUCGUCGUACCGGAAAAGUUGAUCAAAUCAGCUGCGGAUAUGGAAAAAUGGGAAAAAUCCGAAGCAUACUACGAUGUGAUAGGGUUUAUCAGCAGCAUGGCCGUAGCGCUACAGGGUACCCGGAACAGUCAGAACGUAACGAUGCCACCGGUGAUCGACAACUUGUCGAAUGUUUUGGACCGACUGGAGAAAUUAGCGAUCGAAACGCCGCCGAUUGAUCAGCCGGCUCGAUUUGGCAAUGCCGCCUUUAAGGUUUGGUUCCAGAAGGUGCAAGCGGAAAGCAUGGACUUGAUUACGAAUGCUCUACCAGACAAUUUAAAGGAUGCCGCACAGGAGCUUCAGGUGUAUUUUGUUGAGUCUUUCGGCAAUGCUACCCGUAUCGAUUAUGGAACCGGUCACGAACUGGCGUUUGUUAUGUUUCUGAUGUGUCUGUUCAAGAUCGGUGCGAUCGAACGGAAAGAUGAGGUGGCUGUUGGAUUGAAGCUUUUCCAAAAGUACAUCAUACUAGCCAGAAAACUCCAGGUCACUUACAGAAUGGAACCGGCCGGCAGCCAUGGCGUGUGGAGUCUGGACGAUUUUCAGUUCAUCCCGUUCAUUUGGGGCAGUGCGCAGUUGGCCGUUAACAGCCCUAUUGAACCGGCACAAUUUGUCGAGGAUAAAACAAUCGAUAAGUACAAGAAAGAGUUAAUGUUCAUCGGUUGCAUCGACUACAUCAGGCAGGUGAAGACGGGCCACUUUGCCGAGCACUCGAAUCAACUUUGGAGUAUCAGCGCCGUUGCGCAGUGGUCAAAAAUAUCGACCGGGCUGAUUAAAAUGUACCAGAAGGAAGUACUCUCCAAGUUCCCGGUGAUUCAACAUGUCUAUUUCGGUUCGAUUCUUACCUUGCAACCGGUGAAACCCGGCACAGUGUUGCCCAAUCCACGUUUGGGCAUGAUACCAAGGCAGCACGCUAAUGUUCCGGCCGCUCCUAUCCCACCGAAGUUUGAAGCUGGUGAUAAAAUGUGAUAAGCUUAUGUUUGUGAUCGCUCAACGAAUAAAACAUUGUAUUUGAGUUUAAAAAACUAAAAUUCUCCCAAAAAUAAACAAACGUACUAGAUA